CAGGGCUGCUCUUCACCACUAGGCUUCCCAUCGGCCUAUCGCUGCUCCCCUGCAUGCUGACGACGAGACCCGGAAGCACCGAGCUGCCUGCUUUGUUUUGUUUUGGUAGCGGAGUCGGAUAAGAGGUAGACAGGCAGAGGUCCGCCGGGAGAGCACCGCUCGCUAAAUGGGGAGAGCCAUAUCGGGGAUGGAAGAUGACAGACCGAUAGCUGACGCCUGUAAAAUGCCGAGUUUUAUCAGCAGCUUAGAGGAGGAGAGGGUGAAAUUGUCCCGUAACCUGCCGGAAGAAACUUCCUUCACGGACAGCAAAGUUGAGCGGGCGGUCAGAGAUUUGAGCCGUGGUGUCACCAGAUCAAACUCGCGGUUAUCCCUGGACGGGGGUGAGGGGGACUCGGGGGACAGGAGCAGCGAGGAGGAGAAGGAUGCAAAGGGCAACAACAACAACAACUGCAACGGCGGAGGAGGAGAGAGGAGGAGGAGGGCGAGCGCUGUCGAGAUUUUGAGGAGGAAUUUCGGGGUUUCAAAAUCUCCCUCUUUGUGUCUAAAUACAAACAGCCGGAUGCAGCGCGGCGCGGAGCAUGAACAUCGCGAAGGAAACGUUAAUAACCACGUUCACAAAGGUUAUGGAACUGAACGCGGCGAACGUAAAAACUCGGAGCGUGAAACGGGCGAAGCGGGGACUAAAAACGAGGCAACUUUGAACGACUUGACGACUUCGGUUGUGCAAAGAGUUGAAUUGGUGACCGUCAACGUUACCGGGCCGCGCCAUUAUAAACGUGACAGUGACAGCAACGUAGUCGUUUUAGACGAGUCUUUGAACACUAAAGAACACGUCUACUGCACUGUGUAUUGCAUCGCUAACGACAGAAAAGACGUUGUAAUCACAGACGAUGAAACGGGCACAUCUGACGCACCAAAAAUGGACUUGGAGACAGAACAGGAAGCAGGCUCGAGUCCCGAACCGUCUCUGUACACAUUGGACGACUUGGUGGAUCCAUUCAGGGACAUGACCCACCCGUUGUCCACGGAGCAGGCCGGUGCAGGGACUACGAUGCAGAGUUGCCGGGUGUGCCUGGAAGAGAAAACCAUCGCACCCCUGCCCUGCUGCAGGAAGGCCGUGUGCGAUGAGUGUCUGAAACUCUACGUCAGCGCUCAGGUGCGAGUAGCCAAAUCUUACAUCAGCUGUCCAAUCCCAGAGUGCAGUGGCUUCCUGGAGGAGGGAGUGGUAAUUUCCCAUUUGGCCAAUGAAGACGUAGCAAAAUACCGUUACUUUUUGGAGCUCAGUCAGCUAGACUCGAGCACCAAACCCUGCCCCCAGUGCAGUCAGUUCAGCUCUCUGAAGGGGAACAACUCCAACCACUCCGAGCACAAGUACAAGAUCCAGUGUAGCAAUUGUCAGUUUGUAUGGUGCUUUAAAUGCCACGCACCAUGGCACAGUGGGGUCAAAUGUCGCGAAUACAGGAAAGGAGACAAGCUGCUUCGAAGCUGGGCUAGUGUCAUAGAGCACGGGCAAAGAAACGCCCAGAAAUGUCCGCAGUGUAAGAUCCAUAUUCAGCGUACAGAGGGAUGUGACCAUAUGACAUGUACGCAGUGUAACACUAACUUCUGUUACCGCUGUGGAGAGCGCUACCGACACCUAAGGUUUUUCGGGGACCAUACAUCCAACCUCAGCGUGUUCGGAUGCAAGUUUCGCUAUCUACCUGAUAAACCUCAUCUGAGACGGCUAAUUAGAGGGUCUGUCUGUGCCACUAAGGUGCUGAUAGCUCCAGUGGUCAUUUUGUUGGUCAUGGUGCUCGGAGCUUUCGCAGUGGUGAUAGGUAACACAAUUAUACACAUGAACACACACACGCACGUAAAGAAUCAGGGUGAGGCUCCAGCGAGCGUGGCAAACCGAAAACAGCUAAAUGGUUUGGCUAUAUUACAGAUAGUUUCUUCCACACAGCAAAGCCGGUCCACUCUCUAUGCAAAAAUAACAAACAUAAACAUGCUACAAACUUUACAUUAGCAUACAUGGCAGUCAUUCUCAGUUAUAUGCCCUAAAAGACAAGGAAACUGUCAAAGCUUUAGAUCCAGAUUAUCACCCUCUGGGCGACUGGCUUUUAUUUCCUGAAACUACAUUUACUAGUAAAAUCACCCAGCUGCGCUCUGUGAGCACUCCGUCAGACAGUGAUGUGAACUAUUGAUGCCUCGGCUGAACUGUAAUUAGUGUUAACUUCUUUCCCGUGUGUGUGCGUCUGACAGAUGAUCCGCUACGGGCUAACACACGCUGAUGGAAGAAUCACAUUUAUUGUCAUCGUUAUUAGAAUCAGUGCUGUGCUGCUCUCUUUUUCAGCCUAAUUAACAUACACAUACACUAUGCCAAAUAUAAGAUAGAAUAAUCAAAUCCACAUAGAAAACUCAUCAGAGCUCGACAUUAACAGACAAUUCAAGAUUUCCAUUCUACGUUAAUUAAUAGUUAAUCCAAAUUAGUAUCAAUUGAAACAAGGCUUUAAUCCAUCUUUGUCUUCUCUUCCUCUUCAUCUCUACAACCACCUUCCCUGUCUGCAGGCCUGGUAGUUUUCCCCGUCUACUAUGUGUGUAAGAGGAGGAAGAAGCAGCGCUCACAGGGCUCCGGACGGUGGAUCUGACUGCAACCUGCACUGCAUCUAGAACACACACACGCACACGCACACAGCUUGAAAGACGACACACACACACAUCUCUUCAGGGAUGAACACUCCAGCCUGACUCAUUGCAAACGUUUGAGAGGAACAUCACACAAUUAACAAUGGUGAAGAGACUUUUUAAGACGGAAGGAAGUCUAUAAACAUAUGAUGUAAGGGCGUGGAUAAUCAUACAUCAUCAUGCAGAAUAUUUCAGUGGGCCGCUGCUGCAAAAGAAAUACUGGAUAUUCAAGUAGAAAAAGACAGAAAAACAAAACGCUUAUUUAAAUUUAGUUCUCUUCAGAUGAUGGUUGACAGUUAGCUUGACAUCAGCUUGGAGUCCAUCGGUUAGCCUGAUAUGAUGCCAUACUGUUGAUUAUUGUGGAUGACAGACUUUUUUUUUUUUUUAUAAAGGUUUUAAUAGUGGUGGAUACAACUUGACUUGAUAAACACUGACUGCUGGAAAAGGGGCGAAAUGUAACCUUCUUGUUGAACUUUUGCAAACGCUUCUUCAGUCAUUUGUCAAAAGUGCAAGAUGGAAACUGAAUUCAGGACCAAGCCAUGAUGGGAAAAAAACGAGUUCUCACGGAUGCAACAAAGCUGACAUUAAAUUUGUGCAAUCUUCGCCUGUUGCUUUGACAAGCACACACUAUUCAAAAUAAUAUGAAAGGACUUCAUUUGGACGGAUGGAAGGAUGACACGUUACUAUUGGAUAACCUCGACUCUGCCUCAAGUCAUUGCUAGACAGAGUGAAAGUUGGGUCCUGUGUCACCACCCUAAGAGUGACACCUAAUUUCAAAGGCCACACCAACCUUAGCUUUAUAAAAAAUAAAAAAAGUGUCCGGUUUGCAACAAAUAUUCAGCCCACUGACCCCUUAUAGAAAUAUUGGAAAGCGGAAUUGUAGCAAGCCACCAUUGUUUUCUGUUGUGGUUCUCCCAUCUACUCCUCCUCCCGUCUUUGCCUUUCUUCCGCACCUUCCUUGGGUCUCUGCCCUGGCGGUACGGUGGCUCACACACCCUCACCUCUGCCUUGCCCUAUACUGUACGCCAGUAUCUGCAUCAUCAAAAACAUGAAAUAAUUGCUGCUGCUGUGGCAAUUGUGCCAAAACAAAAUGCUGAAUGUGGCAGGACAGACGGUUGACCCCGUCCCUUUUGUUAGAUUUUUUGUUGUUGUUUUCUGGGUUGCUUGUUGCAGCAGCGUUGGGAGGUGAUGCUGCCAGUGUGUAGCGGAGGCUGCAUAAAGAAAUAGAAUUAGAGGCUCUGUAGGAUUAUAGGAAUAUGCAUUAGAUAGUUGAAAGCUGCUUUGAAUUAAAAAUAACUGAACUUACUGGGUGGCGGUUUGCGUAAGUUGCAUUAGCUCUUUUUUUUUUUUUUAAGAAAAUUAGUUCAGAAGUUAUUGUCAGGCUGCGGUGCACUGGAUGUGGUAGAUUAUAUAUGGAUGUUAAUUAUUAGGUGAUCAGGUUUUCAAGGUGUUUAAGAAUUGAUGCCGUUUGGAUUUGUGCAGUGAUAAGAGGACGUCUAUCUGCUGGAGACUUUGGAUAGUGACAUAGUGGCGUUUAACAUAAACACACUUAACUCAUUCACACUGGAGCAUGUUGCAAGAAGGCAGACACGCAGAGUGCUGCCAGGAAACAGGAGAUUUUCAAGAGCUUUAAAGGUCGUCACCUGGCAGCAGCCAGCUUGCUGUCCUUCACUUAUCCCUCUAUCCUCCCCUCCCUGCUGUCAGUUCUUAGUUUUCAACACAUCCAAUGGAGCUACGGCUGCUCUUGAGCCACAAAAGAAUCAUCCGAACUGGAUGUUUUUAAGGCCUCCGGUACGUGAGAAUAACACAGGGCUAUCUGCGGUGCACGAUGCGGUCAAGUACAUACAAGUGGUUUCCACAUCACUCAUAUUUAUCUCAUAUAUUUGUGUGUUUUUUUUAUCCCAUCAUUUCUUGGAGCAAUCUUUUUCUUUUUUUUGCUCCAUCAUGAGACAUUUAUGAAGACGUUUUAAAGAAAGUACAAAAGGACGAGGAGAAGCACAAUAUAUCUGCACCUAAAAGAUGCUACGGCAUGGAAAAAGAUGUGAAAUGGUAAAAUGAUACAAAUUUGAGGGGAACUGCCUCCAUUGGAAACAAAAGUCGCACAGUGAAGGUAAAUGCAUCUUCAAAUCUGUUGUGGUUUCCAGUGGAGUAGAAAUCCUGAGUGUGUCAACACAUUUCAUCACUGAAUCUUCACUGAAACCAGGAUUUAAGACAUAGACAGCAGGGUUGGUGUUCCUGCAUGUGGCACAUCAUUAGCUUCUCUUUAUCCCAGGGAUCUGGCACCUUUUCUACAUCUCAGAGUCAAUAAAAACCAACUGUCGAGUACAGUUUAACUGUACACACAAGGUUCCUAAAGGACACCGGUAAUUUAUUGUCACACACCGCUUUUGGUAGUUCCUGACUCUGGGUUUUGAAUCCACUCUCAGGGAGUUUGUUUUCUGUGCACUGUACCCAGAGCCCUCCAUCCACAUGAGCCGUGGCACAGCAGUGGCUGAGCAGCACCGCAGAGUCAACAUGCUUCCUGGUGCGUUUCCCCACAGCUGCUUAGCAACCAUAUUUAAUUUCAAGGAAGUAAAAACACCGUAGUGUCAAAAGAGAUCAAAAUAUCUCAGUGAUGCAAAUAGCAUCUGUGUUUUCCGGCAUGACCAAGCAGUUUUGCAAACGCUGCUCGGGCGUCAGGGGACUAUAAAGUGGUACAAGAUACUUUUUUGUAAAGGUUGCGCCAAACAAAAACCUUGAAACUAUCUACUUACCAAUUGUUCACUUGCAUCAUAUGCAUACACGUUUUAUCUAACUGCUACGCUAGUACUACACUGACAUGUUCCAUUGCUGCAUUUUUUCGUUCGUUUGAAUGAAAUAUGACUGUCAGCGUGUGAUGGACAUUUGUAUCUAAACGUGUCUACCGCCCAGAGAAAUUGUUUUAAUGUACUGUGGGCACAUACGUAAAUAUUUUACUAUUUCUUAGGCAUUUUACCAAAAACGUUGCCCUGCAGUUUACACUGUACCAAUCCUGAACUGAUUUGAUUAGCUCAUUGCCUGAAAAUGAAUGAAUAGGAUCUUUGAUAAUUGAUUCAUCUCUAACAUAAUUUAUCAACUAAUAAUACGUAACAUUCGGCCAAACAAAGUAAGCAACUUCCUAGGAGCAUGAGUUUACAGUCACAUUUAUUUGGCAGUUUGGCUGUGAGACAGUAAUUGCCAAAAUGAAUUUGUUUGACCUGGUCAGCUGCAGGACAAAUGUAAAUGAAUAAUAACAUGAUUAUAAUUGUCCUGGUUACCCGCUCAUAUCUGUUUUCUUCACUUUUAUACACGUACAAGUGUGUUAAUUUGUCUCAUGUUAAAAUGCCAUGUGGAAAUGCCAUCAUUGCUUUGUUUUGUUGUUGUAUUCUUACAUAUAACUGAUGUUUAGGUUAAAGUUAACAUCAAGUCAUCCAGUGACUCAAGUGUUAAUUUGGCCAAUGAGAUUUCCUUUGCUGGGUUUGUAUUGGCUGGCUGAGACCCCUGGCCUUUUUGUUUGGUACAAUCCAUGCGAUAUUGGCAUAAAUAUGCAAUAGUGCCUUCACAGCCAUUAUUGAUCAGGGUUUGCCAACCUGUGGUUCAGGGCCCCAGCGUGACUCCCGACAUUACAAAUGGGAUAAAAAAUCUAUCAAAGCCUCACCAAGUUAUGUGUGUUAGAAUAGCUUAAGCAAAGCAUAGCAUAUACUAAUAUGGGGUUCCUAAUGCAUGGAACCACUGUUAAAUAUAUGUAUGGAUCUGUUACCCCGACACACCGGGCAAUGUGCAGUGCAAGCAGCCCCUCGAUUUAGAAUGUGUUUUAAAAAGCUGAAGAUUUAACCAAACCUCUAAAAUAGUACAGGUAACCACAGCACAGUGUCAGCUACAUUCCAAAUACUCCUAUAGUUUUGCACAAGUUAAACUGUGACUUUAUUUUGGCUCAUACAAACCUCACACUUUGGACUCUAAAGAUUUAAAAGGAGGAAGCCGUAGCAGAGCUAGCAUCGUCUCCACCAUUGGAUGAGUGUCAUAAGGCUGGUAUGGACAACAAAGGCUCAGUGGAGGAAGUGAUUAUAUUAAAAAGAGGUGUAAUUGUCAACAAAUUAAAUGUGUAGUUACGGACAAUAUACCAUAGGUCAAUUUCAACUCAGGAGGCCUGUGUAUAUUGGUUUUGCUGUAAAUGGUGUAUCAUCAGCAACAUCAGGAUGGGUCUUCGCUACUGUGGACAUGCAAACUGGUUGGAAAACGGCCACAUUUUAUGUCUAUGUACCACUUGGUUUUCAAGGGUAUUUCUUUUCAAAGGAAUGUCUUAAACUUGAUUACUGUGUUUCCUUGUUUGCACUAAGAACAGAUUCUUCCACCUGCUGCCAUCAUUCAAAAUGUCUGCUGAUAUUAUUGCUCACUUAGCCAGGCACAUUGUUUUCAUCUGAGGAUCUGAUGAAGAAUAAACCAACCUGGGUCAAAUGCCAAAA